AUGAUUGAAGGUAGUGGUAGUAAAACUCCAAAGAGAAACUCUGAUGAAAUUUCAGUCAAGAGUUUAAGUAUUCAUGAAGCCAAUACAUUAUCAUCUGAACAUGAACAUGAAAGUGGAAAUGAAGAAUUAACCCUCAGUCAAAUUGUUAUUAGAUCAGACUUUGCCAAUGAAUCCUCUGAAAGACAAUCAAAGAUCAUUUUGGAUAGAUUCAAUCAAGGUAUUGGUAAAAACUCUGCAUUUACAGAUUCACCAGCACUUGGUCGUGGUCUUUCACGUGUUGAUGUUAGUUAUUUUGUUAUGGGUCAUCGUAAUCAAGUUGCAGAGUUAUAUGAUCCACGUGGUCAACGUUUCAGUACUGUAUUAACACCAGAUCCAACUGUUAACAUUAAAUACGUUGGUCCAGUUUCAAAGACUGCACACUACUUUGGUGCCUAUGGUAAACAUGUCUUAAACGUUCCAGCUGGUCAUUAUGCUAAAGCAUUCUCAAAGAAUAGACCAGUUCUCUAUGGUGAAGGUCCACAUGUUAUCAUUGAUCCAACUUUCCAAUUUGAUGAAAAUAAUGGUUUUGUUAAUCAACAAGAACCAUUCAUUGAACAUUCAACUAUUAAUAUUCUUAGAAUUCCAGCUGGUAAAAUUGCAAAAGUUUGGAUUGGUACUCAACCACAUAUUUUAGAAUCACGUCGUGAUCCAUAUGUUUUUGUUGAUGCUCAAUUUAAAUUAGUUUCACCUGAUGGUGCAAAAAAAGCACAACUUUUUGAAAGUUCAUCUUGUACCUUUGUUGAACAUGGUUCAAUUAAACGUAUUAUUCCACAUACUGGUGAAGUUGCAAUUACAUAUAAUAAUGGUAUUUUAACAAUUAUUCCAACACCAAAAGAUGGUAAACCAGUUAUUAUUGAUUCACCAACUCAUAACUUUGAAGGUUUUAUUAGUACAAGUUUACAAACUUGUUUAUUCCCAUCAAAGGAAACUAAACAACAAGCAUUGGCAGAUAACAAAUCAGCAUUGGCAGAUGAAAUUAAUUUAAAGAUUUUCCAAACCAGAGAUUCACUUCGUGUUGGUGUUGUAUUGGUAGUUGCAUUUAAAAUUGUUGACCCAGAACUAGCAAUUACUAAACUUGGUAAAGAGGGUAUUAUCAAUCAUAUUGAGAAUGUUUCAUUCGCUGAUAUGGGUAAAGCAAUUCAAUUGAGUACUUUACAAGAGAUUAUGUAUUUCAAUAGUAUUAAACCAGGUCAAGCCACCAAUGAUGAUAGUGUUCAAACCAUUCAAGAUCGUGUAAAGAGUCAUUUGGCUAGAGAUUUAUUCGAUUAUGGUGUUGAGUUAUCACGUUUACAAAUUGAAACUAUGAAAGUUUUAGAUACUGAAAUCGCAAAGAAACUCGCUGGCCAAUCUGUCACCUCUGCAGAGUUUACCACUAAACAAGCAACCCUUGUCAAAGAGUAUGAUAUUAAAACCACUGAAGCUCGUCUCAAGGCUGAAACUGAUAAUAUCGCUUUGGAACAAAGAAAUAAAGCUAUCAUCUCUGAAUCUCAAGCUAAAUUAUCCUCUGCUCAAAGAGAAGCUGAAUCUUUACUCAUCACUGCUGAGGCUCAAAAGAAAGCUUCUGAAUUACAAGGUGAACUCUACACUAAAUAUCCAAUUCUUGCUGAAAUCGAAUUGGCUAGAAUUAAAGCUGAAGCCCUCAAAAAUGCCACCCUUUACAUCACUCCUCAAGAUGCUGGUGCUUUCAUGAAUUCUCCAUUGGUUUAUUUCGAUAAAAUGAUGAAUGCUAAUAAUACUAUUCAACAAAAAAAGAAUUAA